GGUCAAGGGCCCCUGAGUUUAAUCCCUGGUACUCCCUACCCUCAAAAAAGCUGAUUUUUUAAAAUUGAAUUCACCAUUUGAAAUGCUAUUCUCCACCCUUCUCAGUGAUCAUUCCCAUCCUGAUGAGACCAGACUGUAGGCCCACUUUCCUGGCUGCCCUUGGCCUGUGGCAUUUUGUUCUGGGAAUGCCAGGAGACCAUCAGUGCUUCCCAAACUUCCCUGCACUUACACAGGACCUGGUCUUGUCAAAAUAUAGGUCCUGAUUUAGUAGGUCUGAGACUGGGGCCUGAGACUGCACUUCUAAUCAAUUCCUAGGUGCUGAUGCUACAGCUGGAUAGAGGAGACUGAGUAAGAGAGGCUGUAGAGUUUGCUUGAUUGCAUCCCUUUCACAUUUUUCCCCUCCCCCAGACCUAAACCCCUCAGGCCAUCUCUGUUGUCAUUGGCCUCUUUUACCUUCCCUAUAUUCCCUUCAAAAAAGUAAAAGUUCUCAAACUGCUACUCCUCCAACCAACAUCAGCAAACCCUUAGCACAGCUUCCUGCCACAUGUAUGGGGAGACGAAGUCCCAAUUCAAAUGGGACAAGACGAAGCGGGGCUGGCACACGGUUGCCAUGUUGUCUCAGGACAGCAAUGAUGACAAAGAUGUUUCAUUGUUUGACACAGAAGAGACAACUAAUAGACCAAGAAAAUCCAAAACCCGACAUCCAGUGGCAUCAUUUCUCCAUUUGUUCUUCUGAGUCAGUGCCAUUAUAGUCUAUCUUCUCUGUGAAUUGCUCAGCAGCAGCUUUAUUGCCUGUAUGGUGACGAUUAUCCUGUUGUUGUCAUGUGACUUUGGGGCAUGAAGAAUGUCACAGGUAGACUGAUGGUAGGCCUUCCGUGGUGGAAUCAUAUUGAUGAUGAUGGAAAGAAUCAUUGGGUGUUUGAGUCCAGAAAGGCAUCUCCUCAGGAGAAUAACACUAUUUCAGAGGCUGAAUCAAGAAUCUCUUGGUUAAAACUAAUUGCCUGUCCAGUGCUGUGGGUGAUAUUUGCCUUUAGUGCUCUCUUCUCCUUCAGAGUGAAAUGGUUGGCUGUGGUUAUCAUGGGUGUGGUACUACAGAGUGCCAACCUGUGUGGUUACAUCAGGUGCAAAGCGGGCAGCCGGAAGAAUUUAACCAGCAUGGCUAUCUCGUAUCUUAGAAAGCAGUUUUUAAAACAAAACACUGGAAAUGAACAGAGAGAAAACUUAUGUUCUCUGUGAUAUUGGGGAAGGGCAAAGAGAUUCUUGAUUAUGAACUGUUUAGAGCUCAGUUCAGUUGCAUAGAGGAACAUUGUUUUUUUGUUUGUUUUGUUUUCACUUACAAAGUUACUAUGAAAACUGUUUUCUUUUUUUAAACAAAGUUUUAAUUUUCUUUUUCUAGUAGUUGAGGCUGGGAAGUAUGAUGAUAUCACUAGAAACAUUGUCAGAAUCUAUUUUAUGGUGUACAUAUGUAUGCAUAUAGUAAUGUAUCAAUAUAUCCCAAAUUAAUGUGUUAGGUUUACACAUAUUACAGAGAUAUUUGCAUUUUGAUCCAUAGAAUAUAGGAUAUUCUUAGUCUAUCUCAAAGGUAUGUGUGUUUACAUACUAUUUCUGUAGAUUAUUUUCAGAAAUAAGUUGAUUCCAUGAUUAAGAAUAAGCACUUGGCUUGUAUAUGAGUUAAAAAGUUAGAAAAAAAAUGUUAAUUUUAAAUAUAUACUUCAUGUUGAAAUUGCUUACCUUAGACAUGCACAAGUGAAAACCAAA